CAUCGAUCCAUCAAGUCGCGGGGUCAAAGACGCUUUAAUCAUGGCCUCAACGACAUCCUACAGUCAAGGAGAAACCUCACAGCGAGCCCCGCACAGGCGAGCUAACGUGGGAUGGCUCUCCCCUUCAACCCAACCACCGAAAGCAAUUAUCAACAGCAACUACGGCCCUGCGCUCACAAACGAGGAAUUAUAUGCUGUAGCGCGUAGCCUCUCUAAAUUAGACCAGUUUCUUCUUCUCUAUUGUCAACAUUUCUACCAGCAAAUCUCGUCUGGUGACCUCAACCCAGGCGAUAUAUCUGCGCAGAGACUGGCUCUGAACGACUUGGAGGAUCUUCGGACGAUCAUAACUCAGAUUCAAGAUAUCAAUAACGGCCGGUUUGUGUUCAGUAGCCUUUACCUGAAGGAGAGACAUAUCCUUUACUACUGGGGAAGAGCUUUUUCAUUUCUUUCCCAGAAUCUCCUAGCAGGGGAUGAAAUACACCAACCUUCGCUGGGGAACCUCAAGAGAGUCACAGAAUAUGCCGCCGAUAUAGAGAGUGCACUGCUUGAUGCAGGUGCGGCAGGGGCACUGGCAUCUGAUUAUCGAUUGGUGCUCUCCGAGCGAUGGGAUCUUCUCGAAAGCGCCUUCAACUUAUACCAUCAGCAUUCGCAAUCUCCUCGAACGAUUGCAAGAUGGCCCGAAAUAGCGCGCAAAGUCCAAGCGGCACCGAAAGUGUCGCCUCAAGACACCAAAGCAGGUCUUCCAACGCAGUCCGGUACAUUCAAUACAAUACUCUGGCUGACAUUCGUGGGAACAACAUUGUCUAAUGUCUGGACCUUUGCUCUUGCCUACAACUACUCAGACCACUCACCGGGAACUACAAAAGACGCAGAUUUCUGGUUUCUCAUGCAAAGCUGCAUCACGCAGGGGUUUACUUUGAUCAUCUCAGGCAUCCCUUUAAAGGCAGAUCCUCGAUUGCGGAAGCGCACUUGGGUGCCACCGAUGUUGCUAGCGCUGGUCUGCACGGUUAUAGCACCGCCACUUUAUCUCGCAGCUCCGACGGAGUGGUCCAGCUUUGUUGGUCUUAUAGCAACUGGCAUUCAGGCCUUUAUGGUUUUACAGCUUGUGACAGUUUCAUGA